GACUGUGGCCUCCGCGCGCCGGGACGCAGGGCUCCGCGCUCCGCACCCAGCGCCGCCCGAGCCGCCGCUCGCGCUCGCCGACCCAGCGGAGCUCCGAGGGCGGCCACGCGGGCCCGAGGCCGGCCCCGAAAGCCCGGGAGGGCGGCCGCGCCGCGGGGCCGCCGGCGACGCUUGUGCAGAGCGGAUGCGCGCGGGCGACCGCCCCUGAAGCCCGGCCGAGUCUAGGAGGGACGGAUCGGAGCCCAGAGGGGCCCGACUGGGAGCAUGGACCGAGACCCGCGGGCGGCGUCGGGCCCUGCCCUGCGACGGUGGCUGCUGCUGGGGACCGUGAUGGUGGGGCUCCUGGCGCAGAGCGUCCUGGCGGGGGUGAAGAAGUUAGACGUGCCCUGUGGAGGCAGAGACUGCAGCGGGGGCUGCCAGUGCUACCCCGAGAAAGGAGGCCGGGGCCAGCCAGGGCCAGUGGGCCCCCAAGGAUACACCGGGCCCCCCGGGUUACAAGGAUUCCCAGGACUGCAGGGCCGCAAAGGUGACAAGGGCGAGAGGGGGGCUCCCGGGAUCACAGGACCGAAAGGAGACGUGGGAGCAAGAGGCGUCUCUGGAUUCCCGGGGGCCGAUGGAAUUCCCGGACAUCCUGGGCAAGGCGGGCCCAGAGGACGGCCUGGCAGUGACGGCUGCAAUGGGACUGUGGGCGACACGGGCUACGCGGGACCUGUCGGCCCUGACGGCUUCCUCGGGCCUCCCGGACCCCAAGGACCCAAAGGGCAGAAAGGCGAGCCCUACGCUCUGUCUCGCGAGGACCGCGACAAGUACAGGGGGGAACCUGGCGAGCCCGGACUGGUCGGUUUCCAGGGGCCUCCUGGCCGCCCUGGGCCUGUGGGGCAGAUGGGUCCGGUUGGAGCUCCAGGAAGACCGGGACCUCCGGGACCCCCUGGACCAAAAGGCCAGCCGGGCAACAGAGGACUUGGUUUUUACGGAGAAAAAGGUGAAAAGGGUGACGUGGGACAGCCAGGACCCAAUGGGAUCCCAUCAGACAACCAUCACCCCAUCAUAGGACCCACCAGGGAAACCAUCUACCUGGAUCAGUAUAAGGGCGAAAAAGGAAGCGAGGGGGAACCCGGAAGAAAGGGCAUUUCCUUGAAGGGAGAAGAAGGAAUCAUGGGCUUUUCCGGAUCGCGGGGUGUCCCAGGCUUCGAUGGUGAAAAAGGUUCCCCAGGACAGAAAGGAAGCAGAGGCCUGGACGGCUACGAAGGCCCUGACGGAUACCCAGGACCCAAGGGAGAAAGGGGUGACCCAGGCCCACCAGGAGCGCCAGCCUACUCCCCACAUCCAUCUCUGGCCAAAGGUGCCAGAGGUGAGCCCGGAUUCCCAGGAGCCCUCGGGGAGCCAGGAGCCCGGGGGGAGCCCGGAGACCCCGGCCCACCAGGCCUGCCUGGCACGUCCGUCAGAGAUGAAGAUGAGAAGAGAGGCCUGCCCGGCGAGAUGGGCCCCAAAGGCUACGCGGGAGAGCCGGGCGCCCCCGCGCUGUACCCCGGCCCACCAGGAGCCGACGGAAAGCCGGGCCUCCGCGGUCCCCCGGGACCCCCUGGACCCCCUGGACCAGACGAUUUCCUGUUCGGCCUCAAAGGCGCCAAAGGCAGCAUGGGCUACCCUGGGCCUUCCGGUUUCCCGGGGGCUCGCGGCCAGAAAGGUUGGAAAGGUGACGCCGGCGACUGUAAAUGCGCAGAGGAUGACCAAUUCGUCGGGGGUCUCCCCGGGCCGCCAGGACCCAAGGGCUUUCCAGGCAUCAACGGGGAGCCGGGGCGGAAAGGGAGCCAAGGCGACCCGGGCCAGCACGGCAUUCCUGGAUUCCCAGGCUUCAAGGGAGCCCCCGGUGACGCUGGGCCCCCCGGGCCCAAAGGAAUGAAGGGCGAUUCCAGAACAAUCACCACCAAAGGUGAGCGAGGCCAGCCAGGUGUCCCAGGUGUGCCUGGCCUGAGAGGGGACGACGGUGCCCCAGGGCGUGACGGACUCGACGGCUUCCCAGGCCUUCCUGGCCCUCCCGGCGAUGGCAUCAAAGGCCCCCCAGGGGACGCGGGCCACCCAGGAGUGCCCGGCACGAAGGGCCUUGCAGGAGAUCGGGGCCCCCCAGGACUGGGCCUGCCUGGCCCCAAAGGCGAGCGUGGUUUCCCCGGAGACGACGGAUUACCUGGGCCGCCAGGCUUCCCCGGGCCUCCUGGCCCCCCAGGCCCCCCUGGACAGAUAGAUUGUGACUCAGGUGUGAAGCGGCCCAUCGGAGCAGACGGACAGGAAGUCAUCCAGCCAGGCUGUGUCGGAGGGCCCAAGGGAUCGCCAGGCCAGCCGGGCCCCCCCGGCCCCCCAGGUGCCAAGGGCCUCAGAGGGAUCCCAGGGCCGUCGGGAGCUGAUGGAGCCCCAGGGCUGAAGGGAUUCCCGGGAGAUCCAGGUCGCGAGGGAUUCCCAGGACCCCCAGGGUUUGUGGGGCCCCGAGGAUCCAAAGGUGCAGUGGGCCCCCCCGGCCUGGACGGACUCCCAGGCCCCUCCGGCCUGCCAGGGCCAGUCGGACCCCCAGGGGACAAGGGCCUUCCUGGAGAAGUCCUGGGGGCCCAGCCGGGUUCCCGGGGAGACCCCGGACUGCCUGGACACCCCGGGCUGAAGGGCCCCCCAGGAGAGAGAGGAGCGCCUGGAUUCAGAGGAAGCGAGGGGAUGCCAGGAAUGCCAGGCCUCAAGGGGCAGCCGGGCUUCCCAGGACCUUCGGGCCAGCCGGGCCUGCCCGGGCCGCCAGGACAGCACGGCUUCCCAGGAGCUCCGGGCCGGGAAGGGCCCUUGGGGCCGCCGGGCGCCCCAGGCUUUGGAGGUCUGCCUGGAGACAGAGGGGACCCAGGUGACACAGGCGUCCCUGGCCCUGUGGGCAUGAAGGGCCUCUCCGGGGACAGAGGUGACCCUGGCCUGCUGGGCGAGAGAGGUCAUCCCGGAAGUCCUGGAUUUAAAGGAGUGGCCGGAAUGCCUGGUGCCCCGGGACCGAAAGGGACCAGAGGUUCUCCUGGGAUGCACGGCUUCCAAGGCAUGCUUGGGCUCAAGGGGAGCCCCGGGCUUCCGGGGAGCAAAGGAGAGGCCGGAUUCUUUGGCGUUCCAGGGCUGAAGGGCCUGCCUGGCGAGCCAGGCGUGAAAGGCAGCCGAGGGGACCCCGGCCUCCCAGGACCGCCUCCCACCAUCCUGCCAGGAAUGAAAGACAUCAAGGGAGAGAAAGGAGAUGAAGGCCCCAUGGGACUGAAAGGGUACCUGGGCUUGAAAGGUAUCCCUGGAAUGCCAGGCAUCCCGGGACUGUCAGGAGUCCCUGGGCUGCCAGGGAAGCCAGGCCACGUCAAAGGAGCCAAAGGAGACACCGGAGCCCCUGGUGUGCCCGGGUCACCGGGAUUCCCCGGGCUGCCCGGCCCCCCCGGAAUCAUCGGGUUCCCCGGCUUCACGGGCAGUAGGGGUGACAAGGGAUCCCCAGGGAGAGCAGGCCUUUACGGUGAGAUCGGAGCCACCGGUGAUUUCGGUGAUAUUGGAGACACUAUAGACUUGCCAGGAAGCCCAGGCCUGAAGGGGGAACGGGGCACCGCUGGAGUGCCAGGUCUGAAGGGGUUCUUUGGAGAGAAAGGCACCGUGGGCGACGUCGGCUUCCCGGGGAUCACAGGCCUGGCGGGAGUCCAAGGCCCUCCUGGACUUAAAGGGCAAACAGGCUUUCCGGGACUGACAGGCCUGCAGGGGCCUCAGGGAGACCCAGGCCGGGCUGGAGUGCCGGGCGCCAAAGGAGAACUCGGCUGGCCGGGGAAUGUGGGCUUACCAGGUCUGCCCGGCAUCCGAGGCAUCAGCGGAUUACACGGCUUGCCAGGCACCAAAGGCUUCCCAGGAUCCCCAGGUGCAGACGUCCACGGAGACCCCGGCUUCCCGGGGCCUGCCGGGGACAGGGGUGACCCAGGAGAGGCCAACACCCUUCCAGGCCCCGCCGGAGCCCCAGGACAGAAAGGGGAGCGCGGAGCCCCAGGGGAACGAGGCCCUGUCGGGAAUCCCGGACUUCAGGGCUUUCCAGGCAUCACCCCCCCUUCCAACGUCUCUGGGUUACCUGGUGACACAGGGGCUCCCGGGAUAUUCGGCCCGGAAGGUUACCGAGGCCCCCCGGGGCCGCCAGGGCCUGCUGCUCUUCCCGGAAGCAAAGGAGAUGAGGGGCUGCCAGGCAUCCCCGGAAACCCAGGGGGCAAGGGCUGGGUCGGGGACCCAGGGCCCCAGGGCCGACCCGGCGUGUUCGGGCUCCCGGGAGAAAAAGGGCCCAGAGGAGAGCAAGGAUUCAUGGGAAACACGGGUGCCACCGGGAGUGUCGGGGACCGAGGCCCCAAGGGACCCAAAGGAGACCGAGGACUCCCAGGUCCCCCCGGUGCUGUGGGGGCCCCAGGGAUUGUAGGGAUCCCCCAGAGGAUUGCUGUCCAGCGGGGGCCGGUGGGCCCGCAGGGAAGGAGAGGCCCCCCAGGGGCACAGGGGGAGAUGGGGCCGCAGGGCCCCCCCGGAGAGCCAGGUUUCCGAGGGGCGCCUGGCAAGGCAGGGCCCCAGGGAAGAGGCGGUGUGUCAGCCGUGCCCGGAUUCCGAGGGGACCAGGGGCCCGUAGGGCAGCAGGGGCCCGUGGGCCAGGAAGGUGAGCCAGGCCGCCCCGGGAGCCCCGGCCUGCCCGGCAUGCCCGGCCGCAGCGUCAGCAUCGGCUACCUGCUGGUGAAGCACAGCCAGACGGACCAGGAGCCCAUGUGCCCCGUGGGCAUGAACAAGCUCUGGAGUGGAUACAGCCUGCUGUACUUCGAGGGCCAAGAGAAGGCCCACAACCAGGACCUGGGGCUGGCGGGCUCCUGCCUGGCACGGUUCAGCACCAUGCCCUUCCUGUACUGUAACCCCGGCGACAUCUGCCACUACGCCAGCCGCAAUGACAAGUCCUACUGGCUCUCCACCACCGCCCCGCUGCCCAUGAUGCCCGUGGCCGAGGAGGAGAUCAGGCCCUACAUCAGCCGCUGCUCCGUGUGCGAGGCCCCGGCCGUGGCCAUUGCCGUCCACAGUCAAGACGUGUCCAUCCCCCACUGCCCGGCUGGGUGGCGGAGUCUGUGGAUCGGAUAUUCCUUCCUCAUGCACACGGCCGCGGGCGACGAAGGUGGCGGCCAGUCGCUGGUGUCGCCGGGCAGCUGCCUGGAGGACUUCCGCGCCACGCCGUUCAUCGAGUGCAACGGGGCGCGGGGCACCUGCCACUACUACGCCAACAAGUACAGCUUCUGGCUGACCACCAUCCCCGAGCAGAGCUUCCAGAGCUCGCCCUCGGCCGACACGCUCAAGGCCGGCCUCAUCCGCACGCACAUCAGCCGCUGCCAGGUGUGCAUGAAGAACCUGUGACCCGCCCGGGCCGGGGCCGCCCCGCCGGACCCGCCUCUGCAGGCGGCGUGCAGCCGGAGGGCCACUUUGGUGCUUGUUCUUACCUUAUUACCUCAGUGCCCGCCCAAAGUUGACGUCAUUUUUUUUCUUUAAAAAACACCAAAAAAAUAAAGUUCCCAAAGGAAUUCAGCACCAGCACUGGGACCGCACAGCCCUCGCCGUCCCCAGGUCUCCGACCCCCCAGAACGGACAGCUAGUGACCCUCCCCUCGGGCCGACUAGGCUCUCCCGCACUCAGCGUAGCUCCCUUCUUACUGCACACCUUCAGCCGCCGCUGAUAACCCACUUACUCAACUCACUUAAUGGAGUGGUAUAGACAGAUGAAGCCGUGCAGCCCGAGGGCCCCUGAACCCUCCCACUGUUCCCGCCCGAGGGUCCCCGGGGUGGGGCCCCGCCCUGCUCUCCAAGCCACCACGGUGCCAGCACUGUCUUCUCCCAACACCGGUGACAGGAGGGACCCUCGUUCCCUCAGGAAGGCCGACUGUGCCUUCUCUUUUAAAAGCCUCUGGUGUUUGCCGCCAGCUCGUGUGCUUUCCUCCAGCCACCGGGCUGGGCAAAGACCUUCUUUCUCCGCCUGCUGUCAGCCAAGCAUCGUGUCGGCAGAGCUUGGGGGGACGGGGCGGGGGAUGUGUUCUCCCCCCGCCCAGGCUGUCUGCACUCGGCCCCCGGUUCUCCGUGGCGAAUUGUACUAUGACCACUCCAGCCUCUGUAGCGACCCCGGAAAAUAAAAGUUGGUCUUGAACCUUUUUAUA